UAAUCUCGGCCCAAACCCCGUAGCCCAUCCAGCUAUGCUCAGAAAGGCCAUCGGUAGUGUGGCCGCCCGUGUAGCGACUGCGGCCGCUUUGAGGCCCCUGAGCGUGGGCAGGGCGAGCUCCCACGCGGCGGACGGAGGCGCAAAGGCGUUCAAUCAGCCUCUAUCGCCGGAUUACAUGACGCGGGCCGGCGGGAUCGCCUCCUUCAUGCGGCUUCCUGUGCAGGACGAUACGCAAGGCCUAGACGCAUGCCUAGUGGGCGUGGCCUUGGACGUGGGCACCUCCAACCGCAGCGGUACGCGCAUGGGGCCCCGACAGAUCCGCACCGAGUCCGUUCUUCUUCGCCCAAACAAUCAGGCCACGGGCGCCAUGCCCUUCGACUCGCUCAACGUGGCCGACGUGGGGGACGUGCCUUUGAAUAUAUACAAGUAAGUGGUGGCGCUGAGG